AUGAAUCACAUUUCAUUAUUGCCACCUUCUCCAAAUUGGAAUGCUUCAAAAGCCUGUUCGUUUUCCGAACAAGCAAACAUAUAUGUCUAUGCCACUAAUGAACUAUUAAUGCUGCUGAAUUUGCAAACCCUAAAAUAUAUUGGGUAUUUAAAAGGCCAUUCUGACAGGGUGAACGCGUUAGAAACGUGUGGUACUUUAUGUGUAUCCGGAAGUAAUGAUAAAUCGAGCGAAGUUACGUCGGUUGCGUGGAUGACAAAUAAAGAGUUGAUCGUAUCAGGCGACAAAUCCGGCGAAAUUAUAGCAUGGAAUCCCAAAACUAAUCAGAAAGCAAAAUUUUCAUUUCUAAAAUCUCCAAUCUAUUGUAUUUCAUCUUCCCCUACUCAUGAUCAUAUUCUAGCUUUUGGAUUUCAAAAUGGAAGUAUUUUAAUUGUAACGAUCACAUCUGAUUUUCGACGAGAAAUUGUCUAUAAUCUACAAGGACACGAUCAAGAAAUUCAUGGGUUGUCUUGGCAAGACUCUUCAGGGGUUGAUCCAAAUAAUCAGUACACUCUGCUCGCUUCUGGCUCUCGAGAUAAGACGAUCAAGAUUUGGAAUGUAUCCGAAGAAAAAGCGAUAAAAACCAUCUCAUUACCACCACCUACACAAAAGCUAACUGAACAACAAAAGAGUAGAUUAUGGCUUGCUUUGAGCUGGGUACCUGGUGCAAACAAAAUUAUCACGAGCUCCUUUAUGGGAAACUUAAUGAUUUGGGAUCUUGAUACACUCAACCCACAAUAUCGAUGGUUUGCAAAGGGUCACAGCCGAAGUGUUUUCUCCAUAAUAUUGUCGUCAGAUGGAAUGCAAGCAAUGACAAUAUCAAUGGACAGACAGAUAAUAAAAUGGAGUAUAGAGGAACUGCGUCCUCGGCUAAUAUUGCCCUGUCUUUGCCUUGGAGUGCAUAGUUUGGACGUUUCUCGUCCCGAUCCAUCAAAAUUAGCAAUUGGACUUGGUGACAGUACAAUUCGGAUUUGGAAUUUCGGGAAUCCUGAAAAUCCAUUUGACUCGAGUUUAUUAUGGAGAGGCUUAAAAAGUCAACUUAAAUGGCAUCCGACCCAAGAAGGAAAUCUUGCUUUUGGAAAUGGAUUAGGAAUUUUAGGGCUUAUGGAUGUUUACACUGAACGCUGUAAAAGUUUUCAAUCACAUCACAAAGGCAAAGUAUAUGCACUCGAUUGGUGUCAAAAGCAAUGUUUGAGCAUUAAGGCAAACAAUGAAGAGGAUGAGAAGGGCAUGUUCUUGUUUAGCUGUGGUGCUGAAGGAAUAGUUUAUAUUAGUGAUACACAAAGGCCCAACAAAGCUUCAAUAAAUAUAAACCAACUAAUUGAGAAUGGAAAUGCUGAAUGGAUGGAAAAAAUUAAGAGUGGUUCUGCAUCUUUUCCUCAUCGAACUGAAGUUGCAGUCCACCCGAAGGGUACAUUUAUAGCAAUAGGAAAUAAAGACGGCUCAAUCCAAGUAUUUGAAUUACCUUCUUUCAAAAUUGUAUAUCAUUUUAAUGGACAUCAUGGAAUAAUAAAUCGGCUUAGUUGGUGUGAUGCAGAAUCUCUACUGGCUUCAGGCUCUAAUGAUUGUAAGAUCAUGAUUCACGACUUAAGUGAUACGGAUAAAUUAGCUUCUACAGUGGAUAUCCCCACAUCAAAUUGCAUGAAAGUUUUGAAUAAACAUACGAAUGGAAUAUCGGAUUUUUCAUGGUGUCCAGUUGAUAAAAAUAAACUUGUAUCAUCUUCUUUUGACAGAACAGCCAUUGUAUGGGAUAUAUCCAAAGGAAUUCCUUUAUCGAUUUUUCGUGGACACGAAGGUCGAUUAUUGAGUACCGUAUGGAGCUUAAUAGAUGCCGACUUAGUAUUUACUGGUGGUGACGAUCAAAUGUGCUUUGCAUGGAGACCUUCAGAACAUCAAUACGAUGAAGCAGCAGGCAAGAAUAUUUUACACUUGCUCACAUUAUCCAAAAAGAAAAGCAAAAUCCAAGAAGAAUCAGCUGCGAAAGAAGUGACAACAAAAUUUAUCGAAGAAUCUAGCACAGGAAUUGAUAUCAAAGUACCUGAAGCUGUAUCCCGAAAACAUGGACGAUCCACCAAAAAGCAAAAGCACAAAAAUUUCUUCCCGCUAAGCAGUCAGCCAGUCUCACGACAGACUCUUCAGAACGACACAUUUCAACUUGCCAAAAGAAUCUAUGGUGGCAAUUGGGAUGCUGCAAUGGAAUUUUGGAAUGAGAAUAUGCCAAAAAAUAAAAAGGCCGCUGAAAUAAAAGAUUCUUCCCCUUCGAUAUUGAGCAGGAGUCUUUUCGGAGAAAGGAAGGAAGUUCGAGAAGUCAUAAAAUCUGAAGCGAUACACCUGCCAUUAUGGGUGGCUUGGAAGGAAAUAAUUGAGUGCAAUGAAAACAAAGAAGUGACAAAUCAAGACUGGCUGAUAUUAGCGUUGAGUCCUUCAGCUGGACGAGAUGUUUGGGAAUCAUUAAUGCGCAGACAAGCGCAAAAUUUAAAGAGGAGAAACGAUUUUCAUUCAGCUGCAAUGUGUUCUUUAGCCUGUGGAGAUGUAUAUGAAGCUAUAGAUGCAUAUCGUCACGGUAAAAUGUUUCGAGAAGCAAUUAUGCUAGCAAAGAUUCGAAUCCCACUCGAUGACCCUGUCCUCUCGGAUCUGUAUUCGGAAUGGGCGGUGCAACUUGAAAGUCAGAGCCGCUACGAAGAAGCAGCCAUGUGUCAUCUCUCUUCACAAAAACCCGCUACAGUUCAGCAUGCGCUCAAUGAUCUGGCUCGUCAAGGAGAUCCUUCAUCACUUCGUGCUUCCGCAUGCUUAGCCUUACUGCUUGAUGAUCCCUCUGCCAACGAGAGGAUAUCAAGAUAUAAAGAAGAUUAUGAAAGUCGCGCUAGUACAUCGAUCGUAGUCGAGGGUAUCGAAAUAAGCGAAGCUGCAUCAGCUUUAAGUACAGCUGAGAACGAGGAAACAAUCGAUAAUCUUGAAUUGAAUGAAUCAAUCGAAUAA